AUGAAUAGCAGUGGUUAUUUGAACAGUAUCAAUGGCAAGCAACAGCAUCAACAACAACAACAGCAACAGCCAGAGCAUCUGAACCAAGUCCAUCAACAAGCCUCCUCUCCAAACAUUUCAUUCACUCCUUCACCAAUCUUGUAUAUGUCUCCAAUGGCUCCUAUAGACUAUGGUUAUCCAGACGACAUCCUAGACGAUGGACGUAGCGACGGUCCAGACUCUCCUACUCUCAUUUCCAGUAGUUUCAUGAAUGAUCAAAGCAACCAACUUGUACCGGAUCUCUCUGUCAACAAUAACUGCAGACUUGAUCCCAAGCACGGUGUAUAUACAUUCCAAGGUACUCGUAGAUACAUGGAGGACCGUCACAAGAUCAAGAGUAGUCUUGAUAACAAUCCAAACAUAUCAUUAUAUGGUGUAUUCGAUGGACAUGGAGGACAUACAUGUGCCAACUUUGUACAAAAGAGGAUCAGCCAGUAUAUAAACAAGUUCAUCAAAGAGAACAGUACUGGAUACUCGAGCAAGAAUUCCCCGGGUUGCUCAGCCAAGGGUAUCGCAGCUGGGGCACCCGACUCACCGCUUUGGAAGAAAGUAAACAGUCUUCGAAGCGAGCAACAGAACGAAACACAAAACAGAAGUGACAUGCUCCAGACUGCACUCUACAAAACAUUCACAGUGCUGGAUCAGCGCUUCUCCAAGAAGUAUCGAUCAAAGAACGAGAGUGGGACCACGUGUUUGGUCGCUCUCCUGUCGACACCGCCAUCUGCGCCACCCCUUCUUGUUGUGGCCAACACUGGCGAUUCAAGAGGUGUCCUGUGCCGAAGUGGUAGAGCAAUCCCUCUAUCAUUCGAUCACAAGCCAUCGAAUCCAAAGGAGAAGCAGAGGAUCAUGAGUGCCGGAGGCAAGGUCGAGUGGGACUACAACGAAAGAACAUGGCGCGUGGGAGGAAUCCUCUCGAUGUCCAGAGGCAUAGGAGAUAUCCCAUUGAAGAAAUGGGUCGUCCCAGACCCAGAGUUCGUAGUCAUCCCGUUGAGAGUCAAGCAACAGGUGCCAGCAACGGUCUCCAAGGCAUCAAGCUUCUCCCCUCUUACCGGAUCGCCACGAUUCAGUCCAAAGUGCCAACGAUUCUCAUCCAUUAAUGAGUUUGAACUGGCAACCAGAUCGAUAUCAGAGAAUAGUGCUCAAUCCAUUUCUGAAGUACCAGAUCAAGAUCAAUACGUUGCACAACACCCAGCCGUCACCAGCAAGAUGAUCUACCAACGACCAACCAGUCCAAAGAGGAGGAACAACUCACAGAUGGUAGUCAACGUUUCCAAGUUGGCCAGGAGUUCCUCGUCGUCCAUCAAUGGAGCAGGUUACAUGUCUCCUUCUUCCGCACCACAACCAGCACCAACACCAUUAUUAUCUUCAUCAUCAAUAGUUGAUAUCGAUCAAUACUUCAUCUUGGCAACCGAUGGAAUAUGGGACGUAUUCUCAAAUCAAGACCUUGUAGACUUUAUCAACAAGACAAUUGAAGAGGUCUAUACUUCCAAGAGCAUGGAUUGGGAUUCAUUCGACAUUGCCAAACGAGUAUCAAUGGAGGCAUUUGCACGUGGCAGUGGUGACAACAGUACUGUCAUCAUUGUCAAGUUAGAUACUUAG